AAAAAAUCAGUUCCCUUACUCGCUCCGUACUCCGUAGUCCAGAGUUGGCUUGGCCUCCGAAUUUUUGGGUUCAAAUUCCGCCUCCAAGGCCUCCCUUGUCGUUUCUUUCUCUUUCAAAUAUCUCCUUCAAGUAUAGAAGUAUUACAAUUUUGCUGUUAUUUGUUGAGAACACCAUUGACCAACUUAAAUAUAAUUAAGAAAGUGUGAAUUAAGCUCCACAGGCUCAAGUUGAAAUGGAUGAAUUGUUGCAGAACCAUUUGUUUGCAACUCAUGCAAUUGCUGCUUCAGGUUCUGUGGUUUUUGGCACUGCUCUUACUUAUCCUCUUGAUACUAUCAAAUCACUAAUUCAGGUUGGUUCAGGUUCUGCUAAACAAUUAAAUGCCUCUCAGGUUAUAAAACGAGUUCGAGCUUUUUCAGGGUAUUCAGGUUUGUACAGUGGCUUUGAGUGGUGUGCCUGGGGGAGAACUUUUGGUAUGGCAGCUCGCUUUGGAAUAUAUGAAGUUUUAACAGCCUUCUAUAAAGAUGGUCGAGAAGACAAUUUUGUGUAUGUUUCUGAGGCCCUUAUGGCAGGAAUGGCAGCUGGUGCUGUCGAGUCACUAACAGGCACGCCGUUUGAACUUAUAAAACUCCGUGCACAGGUUACUUCUGCUUCUCGUAUUACAACAGCAUCAUCGGCAUCAGAAAAUAAAGCUGUUAUGCCAGCAGUCUCCAAAUUAUUACGUGGAUAUACUCCGGAUAUGAAGGCAUUGAACAAUGCUGUAGGUAUGUUGUCCAUCUUAAACAGCAAGCACUCUAAUAUGGUCAGUGCCAUACAAGAGUACCCUUGGAUGAUGACUGGGUCUGGAAGGCCACCACCAGUUUAUGAUGUUCGGAGACCAUCUGAAAUUAUUUCGUUGGAAGGAUGGGGUGCAUUAUGGAGAGGCCUUCGUUCAGGAGUAGCUCGAGACUCUGUAUUUGGUGGCAUUUUUUUCUCUACUUGGGAACUUUUGCACCAAGUUAUGCUUAAUUGGAAGGCAGCUGGGAUGGAUCCCCCACCCAGGUAUGAUGAAGAAAUCUGUCCACUCUCCCCUUUAGCUGUUAGUCUUGCAGCAGGAUUUUCAGGGUCAGUUGCUGCUGCAGCAUCUCAUGGUUUUGACACUGCCAAAAGUCGAUCACAAUGCAUAGUGUUGCCCAAGUUCGUUUCAAUGGAGAGAAAGCUUCUCAAGUGGAAAACACCAGGGAAAAGAUUCGAGAAACUCACCGGCAUCCACCCUGCAGAUAGAAAUAUCUUAUUUCGUGGCAUUUGGUUACGGAUGGCUCGUAGUGGAAUUGCAUCAUUUGCAAUUGUGGGAAGUUAUUACUUCUCCAUUACUCAUCUUGUUUCCAGUAAUUGAUUCUCGACUGCUCUGCAUCAGUAAAGAAUUUGAAAGGGAAGAAAAGGACAAGUGGGAAGGGUCAAAGUCAAGUAGGAAAUGGUGGUUUGCAGAUAGUUUCUUAAACCUCCAUCACCUGGACUCUCUUCAUAUUCCCUUAGGUACACAUGUUCAACAUGUAUUCGGACAUAUGGGGUUAUGAUCCUCAAGCAUAUCCAAGUUCGAUACAUAUCAGCAUUCCUCACAUACUGUGAGUCAAGAUAACAUGCUCUUAAAACUCUCAACUGACCACAUUUUGAAAAAGAAAGUUUUGAUUUUCUUUA